UUAGUCAGGCGAGAAGUAUGGUUGGGAUAUCUCCGGUGUCUGUCCCACUUGGUGUGUUGGCGCAUCAUCGGAGCUUCAAGUUUGCCUCCGGAGUGUCCAAACGCUGCCGGCACUCAACCUUGCUCCUCCUUGUCUUCCUCAUCUUCUUCUGCCCGGCGAACCUUUCUACAUCUCGUGCUCCACCCUGCUGACCUUUGCCGCAGAGGCGCUGUGGUGCCAGCAGGGGGCCACUGAGCCCAAAUGGCUUCAGACUACACUGAUGACGUCAUGGGGGAGCCAGGCUCCACCCCUCUGGACAUUGACAACGUCCUCAUGCUGCUGCAGGUGGAGCAGGAGCAGAUCCAGAAAAGGACUUUCACCAACUGGGUCAACGCCCAACUGGCAAAGAGGAGACCUCCGUGCAGGGUGGUGGAUCUCUUCAACGACUUCCGUGAUGGAUCCAAAUUGUUGGACCUGCUGGAGGUGAUGAGCGACCAGCGCAUCAUUCGGGAGCGCGGCAGGGGAACGUUCCAGCACAGGAGCAACAUCGAAAAAGGCCUGGCCCUCCUCCGAAGCAAAUCGAUCAAACUGGUCAACAUAAACAUUCCCGAUAUCAUCGACGGAAAGCCGCGCAUCAUCCUGGGCCUCGUCUGGACCAUCAUCCUGCAGUAUCACAUCGAGGAGUUGGCCAGCGGACUUUGCUUCACCUCGCACCAGUCGUCCAUGGAGUCUCUGGCCAGUCUGGACUCGGGGUCGUGGCGGAGUGUCUGCUCGGCCGGCGGCGCCGCGGGUUCCAUCCUCCGCCAAGGCUCACCACUCCACGCCCGCUUCAGGCUGUCAGCCAAGAAGACGCUGAUGCUGUGGGUCCGUGAGCAGUGCCACAAGGCGGGAUGUUCGGCAAACGUGAAAGACUUCAAGGGCAGUUGGCGUAGCGGCGUGCUCUUCCUGGCCAUCUUGUCGGCGCUCCGCCACGACCUGGUCGACUUGUCCGAGGCGGCCGGCAGAAGCAACAGGCAGAACCUGGACGAGGCCUUCCGAGUGGCCGAGCAGGAGCUCGGAAUCCCGCGGCUGCUGGAGCCCGAGGACGUGGACGUCCGGGAGCCCGACGAAAAGUCCAUCAUGACCUAUGUGACGCAGUUCCUGCGCUACUCCAAAGACGUCUUAGAGGAGGACUCCCUGCAGGACCCGCAGCCUCCCAAAACGGCGUCUCCUGUCAGCCUACCCAUUCACUACACUCCUGCCAUCUCGGCGUCGCCACUGCGGCAGGUGAACCCUGAGCGCAAGAUGCAGGAAGUGUCGUGUUGGCUUCUGCGGGCACACGAGGAGCUGCUGGAGGGCUGGGACUCCACCCGAGGCGAGAGCUACUGCGAGCGCUAUAACGUUUUCCACACCUUUGUGACGUCCAUCAAUGAGCAGCGGCCGUCGAUCAUGUCUCUGUUAAGCGCUGUAAGACGAAGCUCCGCGCCGAGCGAGGAGCAGCGAGGCCUCAAGGAGGCCUGGGAUGCCCUCACACAAAAGCUGCACGAGUACCAACUGGAGUUGGACGGCAGCCUGCCAGCCCCUCUGGACGUGGCGGCGCGUUGGCUGCGGAGCGCGGAAGACCUUCUGGCCGAGGAGGACGGAGAACUCUGGGACCACCGCCGGGCCGCGGACCAAGCCAAGGAGAAACGGGAGCAACUCAAGGUGUGCCUUCAGGAGAUUUCCCAGCAGAUGAGCACAUUCCAGGCCUUCCAAAAGCAGCAGGAGUACGUAACCAUGCUGGUUCCUAUUGAAAAGCUAGAGGAUUUGAAGAGGAGGUUCACCGGUGUGAGAGUGAGCGCCAAGUACCACGACAUCCAGCUGGAGUACCGACAACAUCGUCACACGGUGCUGGAUUUGCUGAGCCAAAUAGGGAGCCGAGUGCACUUGUGGGCCAGGCCUUACCUUUCUCCAGAGGCGCUUAGGCUUUUGCUGCACGACUGGCAUGAGCUGGUCACUAAUCAGGAACUUCCUUCCUCGCUGGAAGCCGCUCUCCAGCAGCUGAAGGGCGUCUCGGACAUAUACUCGACCAAGUCUGCUCUCGCUGCUGACUACCGCCACGUUUGUCAACAAGAGACACUGCUGGAGGAGGACACGGCGGCCGCGUUGGCCCAGGUCAGCUCAGCCAAUAAUACGCUGGCACGGGUUCUGAGCGCCUGGGACUCCUACAGCGACGAGUUCAGCAGCAUGCAGGCGUGGCUGGAGCAGGACUCGGACGCACGGGGCUGCGGCUCCCGAUCCACGGCGACUGCGGAGAGCGUAGCCGAGUGGGCGACCCGACAUGCUCACCUGAACGAGGUGGCAAGCUUCCUGAUGGAGUCGACCGACCCACGGACCAGCAGCAGCCUGGAAGAGGAGUUGGUCAAGCUCAAUGCCCAUUGGGCUGACUUUGUCCACAGAAACACAGUUGAGAACCUUGGUCCCGUCGUAAUGGAUUGCAGCGCUGACAUCCAGAGCAGAAGACCACACGUUCAGGCUCUUCUCAAGGAGACCACACUUCUUCUCCAAAAACCCGUCCAAACAAUGUCAGAUCCUCUACGCACCUAUAGGAAAAGAAUACAGCUGCUCUUGAGGAGGCUGAAGGACGUGGAUCUGGAGGCACUUGUUUCUUCCCCAGAAUCUUCUGUGGGGCAGUUGGAAGAGGUGAAGAUGGCCGUGGCUGAAGCGAGUGAGACCCUGUGCGAGGCAGACCGCUUGUGUGCAGCGUUGCAGUGCAGUAUUUCGUCUCUUGACACUCGCUUGGCCGAGCUUCUGCACUGGGAGACGGAGGCUCAGGAGAUGCACCAACUGCUGGGGACCACGGAGCAACAGCAGCAGCAGCAGCAGCAGUACCCGAGAGUUCAGGUCCUGAUUUCCCGUGGCCUUCAGCUGGAAGGUCAGGUGGUGACAGAGGAGCAAGAUCUUCAGGCCUCCAUUCGGGCAAAUCAGAAGAGCCCGCCCAUUCCCUACUUGCAGACCACUGUCAUGCAGGAUCGAGUGCAAGCGGCACUGGCGCAGUCACAGGAGGCAGUCAGGAUGCUGAGCAACUUGGGAGCGAGAAGAGACACAAGCACGAGUCCUACGGAAGGUCGUUCAGCCAAAGUCUUCAUCCGAGUCGAAAACACAGCUCCUCAGCGACGGCGGGCGGACACUGCGCUGCCGCCGACAUCCCCCGUGGAAUUACAUCCAUGUCACGAAACGUUUGUGUCAAACGUAGUGGUUCAACAUUGCGGAGAAGGAAGGAUGAGUGUGUCUUCCCAUAGCUCUGCGCAGCAGAUUCCAACGGCAGAGGCUCCGACUCCUUCCUGGACAGGAAUGAGUGAGCAACAGCAGGCCAUGGAGCUAAACAGCGGAACAGCACAGCAGAAGCCAAAGUGUCACCGGCCUCACGUCCAGGUACGAGCCAAAGGAGAGCCAAAGGUAGGAAAAAUGCAUCAAGAUGCUGAGCACCAACCGACAGACGCCAAGAAAUGUAAAGCGGGCCAGUAUGUGUUCACGCACGUGGAGGUUGAACCAAAACUCCCACAUAAAGCUGAGACACGUGAGCCGAUUUCAUCUCUCCGCCCACAAUGCAAAAAGGCCCAGGCCGUGAAGAAUCGCCCUUGGCUCCAAAACAGGUCGCAGGUUUGGCUUGAACCUGCCCUGCAAGGCCGAGUUUUUGCUCAAGGGCCAACCUGGGCCCAAGAUAGGCCCGUAUCCCCCAUGCAGGACAUGAUUCUGCCGUCUCGCAUUCAGGUUGGUUGUCAUCCGCAGUCAUGGGCCCCUGUCGGGCCAGACUCCCCGAUGCCAUUGGCCUGCUCCCAAGCCAAACCUAAACCUUUGGUCGGGGCUCAGGCCAGUGCGGAGCCAAGGCCCCAGCCUGAAAACCAGGCACAGGAAAUCCUGCCACAUCAAUACCAGAGUCAGAUGCCCCGGAGCAGUCCUGCCCACACGCAAGCCCAGGCACAGACGCCACCUCAAAAGUCCAUUGCUCCAUCUCAAGCCAAAGCAGAGCCCAUAGCAACGGUCCAUGUGGCUUCAGGCCAAACCCACGCCCGGACCCGAGUGGGCAGCUGGUCUGCCAUGUCUGCGCAACCUGGGGCUUUAGUAGAACUCCAAGCCCGGCCUCCGCCGCUCAUACAGGAGCCUCAAUGUCAAGACGCGAUUCAGCACAGGCAUCAUACUCCUCAGCCGGUCGUUGAAGCUCCACAAGCACCGCAAUUGGCCCCGAGUGCUCGACCGCAAAGACCUUACAUGAGGCACUCUGGCCAUUCGACCAUGCCGCAACCAUCUCCUCUGCAGCAGAUGCAGCUGCACUCUCACGCCCUUGUCCAGGCGGGGUCUCUGUGCCAAGCCAGGCCCCAGAGUCAGCAUUCCCCAAUGCGAGCCGCCGUUUUGACACUACCGCAGUGCGUGCCCGAGCAGUUUGCGACUCAACUACUAUGGCGAUACAAAGCGGAAUUCCAGUUGACUGCUCAGCCCAGAAUUGCAACACUGACCCAAGGCAGCGCUUUAGCUGCGUCAAAGCCGCUGUCACCUCUGAUGACUGUUGAACACCCGCUCGGACCUGCGACACAGUUUCAAACACAGACCCAAACGGCACCCGAACCUGACUCCCAAUCUCCGGCACAGGCGAUGCUCCAGGUCAAGCUUGCUCCACAGGCUCAGGAUCCAUCGCAAGACAAGCAAAAAGAUUCCGUAGCCGUUCUGGAGUCUCAUAUGUGCGUGCGAUCCCGGGAAGAAUCGCCAGACCUCCUGGCUCCUCGGCAAGCCUACACCAAGGCCCGGGCUUUGGCUCAAAGCAGUUUUGAGAAGGCCAAGCACUGCCUGCAGGAACAUAUUCUGGAGGCUGUCAGUCAUCAAGCGGCAGUGACAAAUACUUUGAGGACACUGGAUCCAGAGUUACUGGAGGAAUUCCUGAAGGCAGCCAAAAGCAUGGAGGUCUUCUGUACACCUUGGCAGCUCAGAGACAUGCAGCUGUUGACACAGUCUUUCAGCGCUCAGUGGGAGGCUUACUUUACAUCCGAGGGCGACGGUGCCCGAGCGGGCCAGCGAGUGGAGGCCUUAAGAGAGCUGUGCCACGUGCUGAGUCCGCAGGACGCCCACCGCCUGGCCCACACUCAACUGAGCGAGUGUGAGAGUUGCCUGGCUGUCAUCCAGCGCCAAUUUGGCAGCGACCAACAAGCUCCGCAGCCCGACGAGCGAGUUGCUGUCUUCAAAGUGGAGCAGACUCCAUCCGUCAAAAGCAUGCCCCUCGGUACACCUCAAAUUCCAUCUGAGGUUUCGCAAAACAAACCCAAGGCAGUAACUGCUGAACAAAAGGUUCCAGGUCAAUCUUCUGUGGAUGAAGAUGGCAACCAAAAGGAGGCUUUAGAGAAAUAUGAAAUUUCCAUGAACUCUCUGCAAGUCCAGCUGUGGAAAAAUGAGCAGAUCAUGGGAGAUGUUCCCUCAGACUCCGUGACUCUAAAGGAUCUUCACUCGCGGCUACAGGAACUCCAGUUCCUGAGGCAGGACACAGAGUCUUUGUGGCUUGAGUUUACAAAGCAGUGCUCCCAACUGCCUGGUCGAGAGCAGGAGAAAUGCCAUCUUCAGAACCAGUGGCGGGCCCAGCAGGCGCAGCUUCAGGAAAGAGGUGGUUCCCUCGGUGCCGCACUUAGGCAGAUUGACUCCACUGAGAACCACAUGGUGGACUUCACAGAGCGCCUUGAGCGUUACCUGAGACAAGCCAAAGACAUCAAGGCCUUCACGCUGACUGACGCCAACAUCCUGAAAGACAUCAAGGAACUUGACGAAAACAUCCAGAGUGAAUUGGAUCAGCUGGUCCGUCUGGAUCCAGAAUCCAGCAACCUGGACCACAGAGACUGCCUCCCUCUCUCGCGGGAGGUGAAAGCCCACAGAUGCAGCCUGUAUCAGCUUGGCCAACAAGUUCGCAAAAGCGAGGCAGCUGCUCGCGCUUUGGACCGCUUUCUCGUGUCCCUUCGCACGGUGAAGGAAGACAUCGACCGACCUUGCGCCGAUGCCAGUUGCGCCAAACUGGCUCUGGACAGCCUGAAAGACAAGGCGCCACAGUUAGAUCUCCUGCUGCAGGGGGCCCGGUUGAUGGUCACCAGGGAUGGUUCCCCUGCGUCCUGCCUGGACAUGGUCAGUGUCCUGCUGAACAAACUGGAAGAAGCUGACAGUGGAGCGCUCAAGAGAGACGCUCGCAGCCAAUCUUUCGGCUUGAGGAAGAGGACCCUGUUGGAGGAACUGAGAAAGCUUUGGGGCACAGUGGAAGCACGAAGCCUGACAGAGGCCACCGUGCCAGCCGUGCAACACAGGCUUCGGGCUUUGUCUGCCUUGGAGGGCCAGCUGCAGACUCACAACUCAGAGAUCCAAGGUCUCAAGGAGCUUCCCGAGUGUCAAGGUCAGAAUCUCCUGGAGGAGCUGGAGGCCGAGUACAACUCGACUCUGAUGUCUUUGGCCGACAGCAAACACCAGUGUGGCGUCCUGACCCAGCUGCUCAAGACGUUCCAGAGCUGUCGCAGCCAUAUGAGUGGCACCGUGCUGAGAGCUGAGCAGACCGUCGGCGAGCAGGCCUCGUACAUGGGCAAAGACAACCUACGCAGGACCAUAGCCAAGGUGGUGGACAUCAAGGAGGACCUGAGCGGUCUCGGCGAGCGCAUGGAUGAGAUGAGGACAGUUUGCAGGCAGCUGCAGUCCCACCUCAAGAAGUUUCCAGAGUGCAGGGAAGCCACGUUUGAAGCGGAAGCGGACACGCUGAUGGACACCUGGCUGGAUGUGACGGAGAAGAUAGAUGCAUACAUGGACAACCUUCAAGUGGGCUCGGAGCUGUGGGACAAGGAGUUGGCGUUGGGUGCAGAGAUUGACAACUGGAUAGCGUCCAAACUGGCCCUGUUUGCAGAGAGCCACCCCUUCCACAACCAGCAGCAAGUCUUAGCCUUGAAGGAGGAGAUCCAGGUCAACGAGGAAAACAUCCAACAUUUCCACAACAAGUGCGAGGAGAUCCAGAAAUUGCUGCAGAGUCACGAGUCUCCGCUGGAGCUGCAAGUGAUGGAAACGCAGUUGAGGAAGAGGUUGGAGCAGGUGAAGGAGCUGUUUGCCGACUGCACCGACGUCUUAGAAGAGCUGAUGGUGGUGAAGAAACAUCUCGGCCAAAAGCUCCAGGCCUGCCUGUCGGCCGUUGAGAACAUUCAAGGCUCCGUCAGUAAGCUCCAAGCCUCCCAACCAGAUGCGGAGGCCCAUUUACAGGAUUUGCACGAUGGCCUCGAGGCCCAAGAGGAGCAGGCCGAGUUGGUGCUGAGAGAGAUGGCCCUCGUCUCCGGCGUGGCUGGUACACAGGUGCUGGAGGAACUCUCGGCAGGUUGCGGGCAACUGAUGGACGCCAUCGCUCGCGCCAAAGACGCCAUCAGGCACAAGAGAGAGGAGAAGGGCAAAGGCCCGUUCGAGGUCAUCCAAGAUGAGAGGCAGUCUUUUGAGGGCUGGUUCCAGGACCUGCGGCUGGCCAUCCAGGUCUCUUUUGAGGAGCCGGAGAGCAGUGCUGAUGUAGAAAUGGCGUUACAAAAGCUCACAGGCUUUUUGAAGGUCAACCAUGCCGAGCACCGCCUAGAGCAGCUGAAGGAACAUCUGGAAGGACGCCACCUGCAGAUCCAUCCUCAGCAACUGCGUGAGCUCAAAGACUGGCUGAACGAGCAGUAUGAGGAAGUGGACACCUUCAAGGCGCGCUGUCUGAGCAGGCAGAAGCAAAUGGAGUCCUUGAGUCGGGACAUGAACAGACUCCAGACGCAGUGUGAUGCUUUCCAUGAGUGGCUGCGGGGUCAAGAGGAGCUCAGCACGGCACCCAGUGCGGCCCAACGGCUCCUCCUGCAGGAGAGCCAAGCGGCCGAAGUCCUGGUGGAGUUGCUGGAUUCCGUGCGCCGCCAUGGCGUUACAGUUGACCCCAUCCUCAAGGACGGCGACGACGCCAUCAGCCGCUACCGAAAGCUGGAGGCGCGGCUGUGGGCGCAGGCGGAGGAGGAAAAGCAAGUCAUGGAUGGGGGGCUGGGCCACUUUACUACCCAGGCCCAGUACCUCGGGACCUGUUUCAAAGAGCUCCUCUGUUCCUUCACCUUGGCGCGCAGCCAUCUGCCGUACCAAGAGAGGAGUCUUAAAGCGCAGGCGGUAUUGAGCGCAAAGGAGGAGGGUGACACCAGGAUGAAGAGCCUGCAACUACACUGCCAGAGUCUUUGCGAACAGGACCCGCACAGCAAACAGCGAGUCCAGCAGGUGCUCCGAGAUCUGGAGGAUGAGUGGAGGAGCAUCCUGCGGGCCGCCCAAGAUGUGGUCGAAGAGGUCGAGAUGAGAGAUAAGCCAGCCCAGAGGGAACAUUUGGAAGCCGCCAUGCAGUCAGAGGCGCAACACCUAAAGGAGCAGGCCCAGUCUCCGCGUAACAGUCCGGACUCGGACCAGGCGGCUCAGGAAGCGACCGGAGGCCGGACAGAGGCUGCCGAGGCCUCGGCCCAGAUCAAGAACGCCGCGCUGCCAGCUCGCAUUGAGGCCACUCGCUUGUGGAUCGAAGAGCGUCGACAGCAGCUUCUCCCUCUCGGGCCUCUCGUGCCGCUCCAGGAGCGAUUACGAGUGACGCAGAAUCAGAAUCAGCUUUAUUGA